AAGCAUACGCAUUUCAGUCCACUUGUCAACAUCCUACUUAACCGCACUUUUAAUCAUCUACGUUCGUUGUGCCGCUUUUCUUUGUAACAAAAAAGUCCAAAUAAUGGAAGGGAAGGCCCAGAAAAUGCCCAAAGUGGCCAAAGUGAAAAACAAAGCGCCUGCAGAGAUUCAAAUCACUGCUGAGCAGCUUUUGCGCGAGGCCAAAGAGCGAGACCUAGAAAUCCUACCUCCACCCCCCAAGCAGAAGAUCUCGGAUCCAGCAGAACUAGCCGACUACCAGCUGAGGAGGAGGAAGCAAUUUGAAGACAAUAUCAGGAAGAACCGGAUGGUGAUCUCCAAUUGGAUCAAAUAUGCACAGUGGGAAGAAUCGCAAAAGGACAUCCAAAGAGCAAGAUCUAUAUGGGAAAGGGCUCUGGAUGUGGAUCAUCGAAAUAUCACACUAUGGCUCAAGUAUACCGAAAUGGAAAUGCGAUCCAGACAGGUGAACCAUGCCAGGAAUCUGUGGGAUCGCGCCGUGACUAUUCUGCCGAGAGUAAAUCAGUUUUGGUACAAGUACACCUAUAUGGAAGAAACGCUGGAGAACGUGCCGGGGGCUCGUGCGGUGUUUGAGCGCUGGAUGGAAUGGCAACCCGAGGAACAGGCCUGGCAAACUUACAUCAAUUUCGAGCUAAGAUAUAAGGAAAUCGACCGCGCUAGGCAGAUAUACGAACGAUUCGUUAUCUCCCAUCCCCAAGUUAAGCAUUGGAUCAAAUACGCUCGUUUUGAAGAAAACCACGGGUUUAUUCACUCGGCAAGGCAAAUCUUUGAACGCGCAGUCCAAUUCUUCGGCGACGACUACAUGGACGAGAAGCUCUUUAUAGCAUUCGCAAAGUUUGAGGAGAACCAAAAAGAACACGACCGAGCACGAGUGAUUUACAAAUAUUCCCUGGCUCACAUUCCCAAAGAAGACACCAAGGAGCUCUACAAAGCCUACACGAUACAUGAAAAAAAAUUCGGCGACCGAACCGGCAUUGAGGAAGUAAUCGUUUCGAAAAGAAAAUUCCAAUACGAACAGGAAAUUGCGGAAAACCCUACCAACUAUGACGCCUGGUUUGACUACAUCAGAUUAGUCGAAGGCCAAGGGGAUGUGGAAAUCAUCCGGGAAACCUACGAAAGAGCCAUCGCCAACGUCCCGCCAUCCAAGAACAAGGACUUCUGGCGCAGAUACAUCUACCUCUGGAUCAACUAUGCCUUCUUCGAAGAACUAGAGGCGCAAGACUUUGAGAGAACCAGACAAGUGUACAAGGCUUGUCUAGAGCUGUUGCCCCAUAAAGUGUUCACAUUUUCAAAAAUUUGGCUGCUGUACGCCAAAUUCGAAAUCCGGCAAAGAAACCUAACGGCCGCCCGCAAACUACUCGGAAUGGCCAUUGGAAUGUGUCCGCGUGACAAGCUGUUUAGAGGCUACAUCGACUUGGAGAUUCAACUGCGUGAGUUCGACAGAUGCAGAAAGUUGUACGAGAAAUUCCUGGAGUUUGGUCCAGAAAACUGCGUAACCUGGAUGAAGUUUGCCGAGCUGGAAACCCUGCUAGGAGACUCUGAGAGGGCGCGAGCCAUUUACGAGCUGGCGAUCAACCAACCAAAACUCGACAUGCCAGAGCUGCUCUGGAAAUCGUACAUCGACUUUGAAAUAGCGCAGGAAGACCCAGAAAACGCCCGACAACUCUACGAGCGAUUACUAGAAAGAACCAGCCAUGUGAAAGUGUGGCUUUCUUAUGCCAAGUUCGAGCUCAAUCAAGAAUCGGAGGAUGGCAUGAACACCCGUCUGGCCCGGCGAAUAUUCGAACGGGGCAACGACAACCUGAAAUCCUGCCCGGAUAAGGAGAACAGAGUGCUGCUGUUUGAGAACUGGAAGGAGUUCGAAAAUAUGCACGGCGACGAAACUGCCCAGGCCAAAAUCACCAGCAAAAUGCCGAAGCGGAUCAAGAAGCGACAGAAGGUCAUUGACGAUGAUGGCAAAGAGCAGGGUUGGGAGGAGGUGUUUGACUACAUUUUCCCUGAAGAUGAAUCCAACCGGCCCAAUCUCAAGCUGUUGGCUGCGGCGAAGAACUGGAAGAAGAAAGCUGAUACGGAUGUGGGCGGCCAAGCUUAGAAUGAUUUGACUGAAGAGGAAUGUUUACUGAUUAAGGAAUUAUUAAAGACAAUUUUUUGUU